CUCAAGCACACGCCGGCUUCAUUCUGUAGCCCAAACUGACGUGCUGACUUCGGAACUUUGUCACACAUAAAAAUGAGACAGUAGAGAGACAAGAGAGAGACAAGAGAGAGAGGGAGAGAGAGAGAGAGAGAGUGUCACUACAGCCCAUAUGUUAACGAAGGCCAGAAAGUAUCACAAGAGAGUAUCGUUCUUCGAAGAGGAGGACGAACAGUGCUGGCUGGAUGAGGAAAACGACGGUGUGAAUGAACAUGACCUAAUACCAGUUCAACAAGUCCGGAACUCGUCGGGAUAUUGUGUUUAUAAUAUGGCGGCGGAACUUGAGCUCCCGGCCCACCGGCGGAUGACAGGGGCGCGGGAGAAGGGUCGUCGACCAGCGAUGCGUGGGCCGGCCUUCAUGUUCAACGACCACACCACCAGCAUGACCGCCGAGGAGGAGCGCUUUCUGGACGCCGCCGAGUAUGGCAACAUCCCUGUGGUCCGCAAGAUGCUGGAGGAGUCCACCACGCUCAAUGUCAACUGUGUGGACUACAUGGGCCAGAACGCAUUGCAGCUUGCGGUGGGCAACGAGCAUCUGGAGGUGAUGGAACUGCUCUUGAGGAGGGACAACCUGGCACGCAUUGGUGACGCCUUACUCCUGGCUAUCUCAAAAGGGUAUGUUAGGAUCGUGGAAGCCAUCUUGGCCCAUCCAUCCUUCCAAGCCAGCGAGCGGCUGACGCGGAGUCCGUGUGAGCUGCAGGACGAUGACUUCUACUCGUAUGACGAGGAUGGCACACGCUUCUCGCCCGACAUCACCCCCAUCAUUCUGGCUGCACACUGCCAGAAGUACGAGGUGGUACACAUGCUGCUGUUGAAGGGUGCUCGCAUUGAGCGGCCACAUGACUACUUUUGCAAGUGCCCAGAAUGCACCGAGAAACAGGGCAAAGACGCUUUCAGCCACUCACGUUUGCGCAUCAAUGCCUACCGGGGCCUGGCUAGCCCGGCAUACCUUUCGCUGUCUAGCGAGGACCCGGUGUUCACUGCACUGGAGCUCAGCAAUGAACUGACCAAGUUGGCCAACAUCGAGAAGGAGUUCAAGAAUGACUAUCGCAAGCUGUCUAUGCAGUGUAAGGACUUUGUAGUGGGAGUGCUGGACCUCUGUCGGGACACGGAGGAAGUGGAAGCCAUUUUGAAUGGAGAUGUUACUGCUGAGAAGGAGGCGGGGAAGGGUCUUCGCUCUCUCCUGAGCAGGGUCAAACUGGCCAUCAAGUACGAGGUGAAAAAGUUUGUGGCCCACCCCAACUGCCAGCAGCAGCUGCUGACGAUAUGGUAUGAGAACCUGUCGGGCCUGAGGGAGCAGACCAUCGCUGUGAAGUGCCUGGUGGUGGUGGCGGUGGCCUUUGGUCUGCCCCUACUGGCCAUGGGCUACUGGUUCGCUCCCUGCAGUCGGCUGGGAAAUGUCCUGCGCAGCCCCUUCAUGAAGUUUGUGGCCCAUGCCGCCUCCUUCAUCAUCUUCCUGUGCCUGCUGUUGUUCAACGCAUCAGACCGCUUCCAGGGCAUCAGCACCAUGCCAAACGUGACCGUCACUGACCACCCCAUGCAGAUCUACCGGGUCAAGACCACCGAAUUCAGCUGGACCGAGAUGCUCAUCAUGGUCUGGGUCACAGGGAUGAUGUGGUCGGAGUGUAAGGAGCUGUGGACUGAGGGGCCCAGGGAGUACAUGCAGCAGCUGUGGAACGUUCUGGACUUCGGCAUGCUUUCCAUCUUCAUUGCCGCUUUCACCGCUCGGUUCUUUGCCUUCCUCCAGGCCACCAGAGCCCAGCAGUACGUCAACGAAAAGAUCCACACCACCGACCUCUCCCUAGUGACCCUACCCCCGGAGGUCAAAUACUUUACUUACGCAAGGGACAAAUGGCUGCCGUCGGACCCCCAGCUGAUCUCAGAAGGGCUGUACGCCAUCGCUGUGGUGCUGAGCUUCACACGCAUCGCUUACAUUCUGCCGGCUAAUGAGAGCUUUGGACCACUCCAGAUCUCCCUGGGCCGCACGGUCAAAGACAUCUUCAAGUUCAUGGUCCUGUUCAUCAUGGUCUUCCUGGCGUUCAUGAUCGGCAUGUUCAUCCUCUAUUCGUACUACUUGGGUGCCAAGGUCAACCCGGCCUUCACCACGGUGGAGGAGAGCUUCAAGACUCUGUUCUGGUCUAUAUUUGGACUGUCCGAGGUGUCCUCUGUGGUGCUCAAGUACAACCACAAGUUCAUCGAGAACAUCGGCUAUGUGCUCUAUGGAAUCUACAACGUGACCAUGGUGGUGGUGUUGCUCAACAUGCUGAUCGCCAUGAUCAACAGCUCCUAUCAAGAAAUCGAGGACGAUGCGGACGUGGAGUGGAAGUUUGCACGCUCCAAGCUAUGGCUGUCGUACUUUGACAACGGCAAGACACUGCCUCCUCCCUUCAGCAUCGUUCCCACUCCCAAGUCCUUCUACCACCACAUCAGGUGGAUAGUCGGCAUGCUGCAUUGCCGACAAAGGAGUGUGAAGAAGGAUCUAGAGCUGGGGUUGGACAGUUCAAAGUCCAGGCUCAAUCUCUUCACCCAGUCCAACCUACGCAUUGCAGAGUCCCACAGCAUUCUGAACCAACCCACCUGCUAUCAGCAAAUCAUGAAGCGACUCAUCAAACGCUACGUUUUGAAAGCACAAGUGGACAAAGAAAACGACGAGGUCAAUGAAGGUGAACUGAAAGAAAUCAAGCAGGACAUCUCCAGUUUACGUUACGAACUCCUGGAAGACAAGUCUCAGGCUACAGAGGAGCUGUCCUUGCUUAUCCAGAAACUGAGUGACAAACUGAACCUAGGCCCUACUACACGCUUUCCCUACAAGUGACCCCCACCAAACCACAGUUCAAGAGAUGCAAGAGGGAAGAGUAUAUCAAAGCAGCCAACAUCCCAGCAUUUCCUCACACACUCCACAGUAACCCACUGGCCAGGUUGUUUUGUAAAUGAUAAUGUGCUAUUUUUCAUGAAGGUAGUUUAAACAGACAAAAACAGCACAAGGAAAUAGUGAAAAGGAUUGCCUCACUCUUCUGUUGUAGGGAGAGGCUGCCCUUAGAUGUUAAGAUUGGGGGAGUGGAAGCUGAUCCUAGAUCUGUACCUAGAGGAAACUUCAGCUGAAAGCCACAAUUUUCCAUUAUGACAAAUAUUGUGUUAGUGUUAGAGAUUUUUCAGAUUAAUAUUAAAUAUUGGCAGGGGUUCUAAGCUGACAUAUGGAAUUGUUUUAAGAUGGUCAUACUAUGGAUCAUUUAGCUAUUUGAAUUAGAAUUUUUGGAACCCUUUAGGUAUCCCCAAAAAAUUAUUAGAUAAAAUAUUGAAUUUGGCCUUUACUACUAUAGUCCAGAGAAACACAUUGAAUAACACAUUCAAACAGUCAACAAAUAAAUCAUGAGAA